AUGUCUCCCUUGUCUAUGCAAACCGAUUCUGUUCAAGGCACUGCUGAGAAUAAGUCCCUGGAGACGAAUGGGACCUCAAACGACCAGCAACUGCCGUGGAAGGUGCUGGGGAAAUCGCUUGGACUUCCGACAAUUGAGCAGGAGCAGUAUUGGCUCAACACUGCCCCGUACUUUAAUAAUCUUCUGAUCCAGUGCGGCUACGAUGUCCACCAGCAGUACCAGUACCUGGCCUUCUAUCACCGGCAUGUUCUCCCUGUCCUUGGUCCGUUCAUUCGGUCCAGUGCAGAAGCCAACUACAUCAGCGGCUUCUCAGCCGAGGGCUAUCCCAUGGAAUUGAGUGUCAACUACCAAGCCUCCAAGGCGACCGUCCGACUGGGUUGUGAGCCUGUGGGCGAGUUCGCGGGCACGUCGCAGGAUCCCAUGAACCAGUUCAUGACGCGGGAGGUUCUAGGAAGGCUCUCCCGUUUGGACCCUACGUUUGACCUGCGCUUGUUUGACUAUUUCGACUCGCAGUUUAGUUUGACCACGAGCGAGGCUAACCUUGCCGCGUCCAAGUUGAUCAAACAGCGGCGGCAGAGCAAGGUCAUUGCGUUUGAUCUCAAGGAUGGAGCGAUCAUUCCAAAGGCAUACUUUUUCCUCAAGGGCAAGUCUCUUGCGAGUGGAAUACCGGUGCAGGACGUCGCCUUCAAUGCUAUUGAGUCAAUCGCCCCGAAGCAAAUUGAAUCUCCCUUGCGUGUCCUGAGAACCUUCGUCACCAAGCUCUUUUCAAAGCCUACUGUCACCAGCGACGUUUUCAUUCUAGCGGUAGAUUGCAUCGUUCCGGAAAAGUCGCGUAUCAAGCUGUAUGUUGCCGAUUCCCAGCUGAGUCUGGCGACGCUGCGAGAAUUCUGGACUUUGGGCGGAUCGGUCACCGACUCUGCCACGAUGAAAGGACUGGAGAUUGCCGAAGAGUUAUGGAGGAUUCUGCAGUAUGAUGAUGCCGUUUGUUCACACUCAAACAUGGACCAGCUACCGCUUGUGGUCAAUUACGAGCUAUCGUCGGGUAGCGCAACGCCCAAGCCACAGCUGUAUCUUCCUUUGCACGGAAGGAAUGACGAGGCCAUGGCUAAUGCGCUCACCAAAUUUUGGGACUACUUGGGGUGGAAGGGAUUGGCUGCGCAGUACAAGAAGGAUCUCUAUGCGAACAACCCUUGUCGAAACCUCGCAGAGACCACUACAGUCCAGCGCUGGGUGGCCUUUUCUUACACAGAGUCCGGUGGCGCAUAUCUGACCGUUUACUUCCAUGCAGUUGGUGGUAUGAAGGGCAAUCUCUAG